AGUCGCUCUCCAACCAAUAGCGCACGUCAGACUCGCACUACAGGUCUAACAACUGACAGCGACCGCCAGUGUUCAUCGCUACUAAUACAAAUAGCGUUCAGUGAUAAAUUAAAUUGUGUUUAAGUGCUUAACUAAAUAAAUAAUGGCAAGUAAAGGCAAAGUGGGCAUUGUGGGCAGUGGCCUAAUUGGACGUUCUUGGUCGAUGUUAUUCGCCUCGGUUGGCUACCAAGUUGUCCUCUACGAUAGCGUUCCCGCACAAAUCGAAAAUGCAUUGAAGGAAACCGAAAAGGAACUUAAAUCCUUGGAAUCGAAAGGAUUGCUGCGUGGCAAACUUAAUGCCAGCGAACAGUUCGCACUUAUUUCGGGUACAACUGAUAUAAAAGAGAUGGUAAAGGGUGCCAUUUUCAUACAGGAAUGCAUACCAGAACGUUUGGAUUGGAAGCAGGCACUCUACAAGCAAUUAGAUGAAAUUGUCGAUGAGCAAACCAUACUGUCCAGCUCGACAAGCACCUUCCUGCCAUCGCUGUUCUCCAAAGAUCUCAAGCAUCGGUCAAACAUAAUCGUCUCCCACCCCGUCAAUCCACCUUACUAUGUGCCUCUAGUGGAGGUAGUGCCCGCACCAUGGACAAAACCCGAGGUGAUGAAAAAGACACGCGCCAUUAUGGAAGAAAUCGGCCAAAAGCCCGUAGUUCUAAGCCGUGAAAUCGAAGGAUUCGUACUUAACCGCAUUCAAUAUGCCAUACUGAACGAAACCUGGCGUUUGGUCCAAAGCGGCAUUGUCGAUGUUAAGGACGUGGAUAGUGUAAUGUCGGAUGGUUUGGGUAUGCGUUAUGCCUUUUUGGGACCACUUGAAACGGCGCAUUUGAAUGCUGAAGGUAUGACCAAUUACUUCGAACGCUACACGAAUACCAUCUAUGCAGUGAGUGAAACGAUGGGUCCGACACCGAAGAUGGAAGGCCCAACAGCUGUGGAGAUUGCCAAGCAAUUGGAGCAGAUGGUGCCGUUAGAUAAGUUGCAGGAGCGACGAAAUUAUCGCGAUAAUUGUUUAACACAGUUGAGCAUUCUGAAGAAGAAAUUAAAUGAAUAGAAGUGAGGAAAAUCUGAAAAAAUAAUGGCAUCGUUACGAUUCCAGUAGUAAAAAUUAUGUAAAUAUUUCUUAAUGAAAAGCUUGAGGACGAUAUUUUAUGGUAACUUUGAUUACAUUUAUUUGAAUUGUAAACUCAUUUAACAGUUUUAUUUUAAUUCAAUUUAAAUACAAACACAUUUGUGUACAUAUAUUUAUGCAUGUAAAUUUAAUGGCUUACAAAAAAUGCUAUUUAUUAUGAUGUAUGGUAUUUAUCGUAUGUAUAUCAUGAGCUUUCAUACGUUAAAACAAUUAUUUUUAUGCGCUUAAAAUAAGGGAGCUUUUCUAAUACGUUUUUUGUGCUCCACUCUCCAAGAAUGUAAAGCAUUUAAUUAUUUUUGUAUAAAUAAAU